CUCGCCGCUGAUGCCAUCAAUUUGCGGCUCGGUGUUCGAGAGCUCCUCCACCCGAACCGCCAUUUUGAAUUUAGCGCGCAAUAGGCAUGCGUUAACUAAAAGAACCGCUGAGGUAAUUACACUUACGUGCUACCGACGCCAUCUACAAUCAAAGUAUGUCGGCACUGGUCAUUCAGACACAACUAAAUUUGAGUGGCUUGUGAACCAGCACAGAGAUAGUGCAGCCUCAUAUAUUGGCCAUUAUAAUCUACUGGAUUACUUUGCCCUGGUUGAGAAUGAAACAAGAGCUAGAACUAGAUUCAACCUUCUGGAGAAAAUGGUUCAGCCUUGUGGCCACCCACCACACAGACCAGAAGACUAAAAAAAUAGUACAUGCAUCAUGGACUGGAUUAAACUUUGUAAGUAUAAAUUAAGAAAACAAGCAAUCAUGAUUUGAGAGUCCUUUUACUCCUGUUUGACUUAGUUUGUGCUCGCAUCUCUACUAAUUAGUCAUUUGUCUUUUGUUUUUCCCCAGAUCAAAAUCAUUUAUGUAAUCUCAUGUUUCUGGAAAAUUUUAACGCUGUUUUCCAGCCAAUACCUCAAAUACCUUGUCUCUAGUUCAGCCAGUUUGGCCAAAGUGGCUUUCGCAUCAGAAAUUUUUGUCUAACAUUUUAUUGUUUAUAGUCUAUGCUAUGCUGUAACAGUUAUUUAAAAGAAGUUGAUUGCAUUUCGUCAUUAGACACUUAAUAAUCACGAAAGCAGCUUUCUUGAAAACUCUUAAACUGUAGAUACAGAAAGCCGUCAGAAAAAGGUGUUGAUCUUUAGUUUAAGUAGUCGUUUGCCUUUAUAAAAAAAAGAUGUGAGAGACUUCCCAAGUUGUACGGCUGAGCGUCUUCAAAAUAAAAUGAACUUGUUGAA